AUGGCAUUCAAAUUUAUUGUCUUUGCCGCAUUAGUAGCAGUCGCCCGUGCUGGCGUUUUUGGUGAAGCCUACUCCGCGCCACUCGCCUAUGCAGCUCCAGCAGUAGCUAAGGUAGCCUACUCAGCCGCUCCAGCUGUAUCAUAUUCAAGUGUAUCAGCACCUGUAUCCUACGCAGCACCAGCUAUUGCUAAAUUAGCUGCACCCGUAUCUUAUGCUGCACCAGCUUUAUCUUACGCCGCACCAGUCGCUAAAGUAGACUACUCACAAGCACCUGCUGUCUCCUACUCCAGUGUGUCAGCCCCAGUAGCAUACUCCGCUCCAGCUCUUUCUUAUGCCGCUCCAGCUCUUAAACUAGCUGCUCCAGUACAUUAUGCCGCCCCAGCUAUUAAAGUAGCUGCUCCAGUAGCUUAUGCCGCACCUGUUGCCAAAGCUAUUAUUGCAGAACCAUCAGCACCAGCUAACUACGAUUUUGGAUAUGCCGUAAGUGAUCCCCAUACCGGAGACAGCAAAAGCCAACAAGAAUCUCGCCACGGUGAUGUUGUACAUGGAAGCUAUUCUCUUAUUGAAGCCGAUGGCAGCAAACGUACCGUAGAAUACACCGCUGAUGCACACAAUGGUUUCAAUGCAGUUGUACACAAGGAACCAGCCGCAGUUGCCGUUAAAGCAGUAGCACCAGUUGUAGCCAAAAUUGCCACCCCAAUUGCCUACGCUCAACCAGCCCUCAAGGUAGCAGCACCAGUUGCUUAUGCUCAACCAGCCCUCAAGAUAGCAGCACCAGUUGCCUACGCUCAACCAGCCCUUAAGGUAGCAGCACCAGUUGCCUAUGCUCAUUCUGCUCCUCUAGGAUAUGCUGCAUCUCCAUUCUAUCACUAA